AUGUCAAACGAAGCAUCAGAAAAACAACCGUCCGACACGGCGGAGCAUGACUCGACAACCACUAUCCCCGCCGAUUGCGGCGGCGAUGGCGUCAACAACAACGACACUUCAAAUUCUCCCUUAGCGAAGGGGCUUUCAACUAUAAUUUCAUCAAUAAUUAAGGAAUUUGAUGAUAGCGCUGCCGCCACGUGUCGUAGUCAAGAUCAACUCUCUUCCACCCUCGAUCGUCUCACUGCAGAGCUUGACAAGCUGCUGGAAGAUGCCCCGUUGCCUUUUAUCAUGCAGCAUGCUGCCAGAAUUUCUAGUGUUAGGAAAAGAAUUACAUCAUUGAACUCAGUUUUGAAGUCUAUACAGAGGCGUCUUGAUAAUAUCGACCACACAUUAUCUGCUGGCUUGAUACAUGAGAAGUCCACAGGGGAUGGUGCACGAGACCAUGAGAACCAUCAGUCUUCAUUGAAGAGUUCAUGAUCAAAAUCCAGGUACAAGAUUCAGAUGUCCUUUGCAGUGCCAGUAGAAUCUCCUUCUGAUUGCAAGCAUUUGAAGCUGAUUCAGCCUUGUGGUGUAAAAGGCAGUCUGAUGCACGAGGUUAUAGCAUUCUGGCAUUCCGAACAGAUUGGGUGAAAGUGCUAUCCCUUAUUUGAAAUUGGUUCUUUUGUCUGUCAAAAAUGUACGUUUUCAGCUGCCAGAGUAUGUCCGAGUUGCCCAGGAAAGCAAAACACUUAAAAAUGGAAAACGCGUGACGCCUGGUUAGCAGCUCAGCUAGAGUAGGCCUGUAGGUGCAAUUUGAAGGGUGUAUCUUUCUGAAACUUAAUUGUUAUUUUCUGCUCGGAACUUAUUGUUAACCGUUUUGUUUUACAACCUGAAUUUUUGGUGUAUAAUGUGUACCCAGAAGAGUUUUGGAUGGCAAUAUUAACGGUCAUUAUUAAGAUCUAA